AUGGAGAAACUCUCUGUCAAUCGGAUUGCAGCGUGGAACAAACAAACGAAUCAAGCGGGAUUUGGAUGGAUCUUCACAGGACACGGCUUCACAACGGCAGUAGAAGGAUCGAGCUCGCAGGAUUAUGUGGAUUCACCUCUGGUAGCGGAAGCGAUGGCGAUGCGACUCGCCCUCAUCAAGGCAGCGACCCUAGAGAUCAAAACUCUUUGGAUGUCCUCCGACAAUAGAACGCUCAUUCGAGCAAUCAACGGAGACAUGCAGGCUAAGGAAAUUAGAGGAAUCGUUCACGACAUCCUUGAUAUCUCCUCUGUUUUCGUCUCAAUUUCUUUUUCUUUUGUUUCUCGCGAUUUCAACAAAGAAGCCGACGCUUCAGCUAAACUCUCUCUACGUCGUCGUUCUGUAUUAAACCCCUAG